GCCAUGGCCGCCUAUGUAACGUCUAUGUACUGUGAGGAGAUGACAAGCUGUACACCGCCCCGGCUGCUGUCCCGCCAUGGUGCGCGUAUGACACUGGCGGUGUUAUCUGUCCGGUUAUGUCGCAAUACUAGUGAGCAGAGACAAAGCGAGCGACCUUUGUAUGGCCAGAAAGACAAGCUUCCCCCUCCGCCCGCAGACCUGAGCACCAGUCACACCUGCCCGGGCUUCACCUCCUGUAUGCCGUGAAGCACCUGGAGUAGGACGCAGCACUGGCAGCCAUGGGUCUCCCGGAACCCAGCGGGCCCUUGUUACUCUCCCUCACGGCUGUACCCAUCUCCUAUAUGGUGAACUCCCUGUCCGCAGUUUCUGACCCACUUGUUAUAGCUGGCAUCGGAGUGUUUGUGCUGCUGUCUUUGUUUGUUGUGUUAUUUUACUUUGCACAAGAAAACUCACACAAAGAUCCUUUAUUUUAUGUUUUUGCAAUAUUCUCCUUCACAAGUGUCAUCGACUUAAUAAUAUGGAUAGAAGAAGAUGGCUACAUCAGCGGAUUUAUGGAGUUCUACAUGAAAGAGGGGGAGCCAUAUCUCCGUACUGCACAUGGAAUGCUUAUUUGCCUGUGGGAUGGGACUGUGCAUUACUUGCUCUACCUGUUUAUGUUGGGAGCUAUUGCUCGUGGGAAGAACUACAAGACAGUGGGUCUUUUCUGGCUGGGCUCACUUGUUAUGAGCAUGCUGGUGUUUUUGCCAGGGAAUGUGGUUGGGAAGUAUGGGACAGAAGUCCGACCUGCUUUCAUCCUAAAUGUUCCCUACCUGUUUCUACCUGUCUGGGCCGGAAUAAGAAUAUUUAGAGAAAAGCAUGCUUUUCCGAAAAUAGCAGCUGAAAGGGUGACAGUGGCGCACAGCGAAGGAAUUUUCCAGCGCCCACUUGAUUUUGCACUGAUUUUGUAUCUGUUAGGAGCUAUUACAUUUACUCUUUUCAGGGGCAUGCUGGCACUGGACUGCCCUUCUGACUCAUGCUUUACCUACAUCUACCAGUAUGAACCAUAUAUAAGGGACCCUGUGGCUUAUCCUAAAGUUCAGAUGUUGGUAAACAUGUUCUACCUCCUUCCAUUUCUGUGUGUGUCAAUCUAUGCUCUGCUGUUUCCUGGCUGCACUUGGAUGUUGGACUGGGCAGUUGUCUAUGCUGGUGCUGUAGCUCAGUCUCAGUUUGCACACAUUGGAUCUUCAAUCUACCAUCGAACGCCAUAUACUUAUCGUGUCCCUGAAGAAUCAUGGUGGGAGUUCAUGAUACUAAAUGUUUUGUACACCUUGGGGAUGCAACUACUGGCUUACCGAUGUAUUCAAAACCCAGCCUACUUUCUGAAAGACACAAAGCAAACCGUGGAGGAAGGCAAAAAACAAGACUAAUAGUAUUUGUUAUUGGACGAAAUUGCUUCUUAAAUAAGUUUUGAACAUGACCAGGACACUUCAUGGUUUACAGAACUCAAGGCUCUGAUCUUAAUGCUAUUGAAGAAGCAAAUAAGUACAGGUUAACCUUAGGAGGGACUGUGGAAGAACAUGUUUUCUGUGUUCUGCACUGGAUUUCUGCUAAUAAAUAUAAUGUCUCUAGUUAUAGUUUUCAAUGUUUAUCUUAUUCAUAUAAACAUACUUGUUCCUAAAAUCUUCCUUUCUUAAGAGGGGGAUGUAUGAGUUUAAAAAAAUAAAGCUGUCUUCUUACAGAAACAGUGCCACUUCUGCCAAUAGUUUGUGGUUGGUGUAGCAACCUAUCCCCAUUCAAGUCAAUUGAGAUAAAGUGGAGUCCUCCCCCCCCCCCCCCCCCCCAAAGGACAAGCCCAUAGCUGUAUUUAGAACAGGAAAGAUUGUGUUUUUUUUAACUCAUAAACCACUUUAAGCUUAUUUUGCUCUAAAUAUAGUCUCAGGAUACAUUGUAACAUGACAGCAAGCACAUACAGUAUUCUUCAUCCUAUGGUAAUGGAAGACUGUUACCGCAUACACCUGUAUAAGACAUGUGCAGGAAUUUCUCUUCAUCUAUCUUUGUGUGUAGUGUGAACACGUUAAAAAUUCUGUGACUUAAGUAAUGUGAACAGUAUGACAUAAUGUAUGUGUCUGUUGACAGAGCAGGAAACUUUUUUUCUUUUUUUUUUUAACUGUUUAAAAAAAAGUUAAAAGAAAGGCAUUGUACUAGUGUUCAGACUUUACUAAAAAUAUGAAUAAGGUAAAUAAUAUGUAUGUUGGUAAAAAUAAACAGCAUUUGCCUUAUCCACCUUUUCUUGUUUUACAUGUGGUUCAACAAUGCAGUUUUCCAUAGAAGUACUUUUUAAGCCCUGUUAAUAUCUUGGCCGUUUAAAUUUCAUUAAAACAUUCCAUUCCAAUUCCUGCUUGUAUGCUGUG